UUUUUUUUUUUUUUUUUUUAAUAGUUAUCUGACAGACAUUAUGUUCUCUCAGGGCCUAAACAAUAUUCCGACUAAAUAAGCCAUAAUCUAUUAAAAAGGAUGUCAAUAUGACGUGCCAGAGAGAGAGGGGUCGUAUUUAGUAGGAGUUCAGAGACACUGUGAGAUUUUUUUGUUUUUCGUUUUUACACAGCAAGGAGAAAAAAAAAACUUUUUUUUAAUUAAAUAUUUAUUGAGCUUUGACUUGCAAGUAUGAAUCAUGAUGAAGAAGAAACUUCUUACUUGACUGAUUUUCAAGAGAUUCUACAAUCUGAAGUCUACGUAGACUUGGAACGGUUACGUAUAUUAGCACGACAUGGCGUGCCUAGUCAAUUACGUGGUGAGGUUUGGAAGUAUUUGCUAGGCGUGCAACAAGCAGAUCGUUCAAGAGAGUUAAGUUCUUGCAAGGCCAGAAGUGAGGAAUAUGACCAAAUGGAUAAAGAGAAUAGCGAUAUUGCUAAACGCAUUCGAGCAGAAGUCUCCAGAUACCAACGCAGAGUACCCCAGCUUGAAGGCAAAGAAAACGUUCAAGUCUUUGUCAAUAUAAUCCUGGCCUACCUCAACUCUAACCAUGAUGUCGAAUACAGUGCCAGCUUAGUUGCUCUCUGUGCCCCAUUCAUUCAUGUUCUCGACACCGAAUGCGAUGCUUACUUUUGCUUUGAGAAACUCAUGCAAGCCAUGGAAGAACAUUUUCUAAAUGUUAGUCUCAAGGAACAAGUGGCUCAGUUCAUGACCCUGUUUCGGUGUGGAUUACCGGAGCUUUGUAGUUACUUUGACGAUGAAGAGGUGGAUAUCAAUGAAUGGUCGACAUCUUGGUUACAGAAUCUGCUGGCUAAAGAGAUGCGCUUUGAGAAUCUUGUCCGCCUAUGGGGUAUAUGACUGAUGGCAUAUGUAUUUCUAUUUGAUUUGUAUAUGAACAUACCUUUCUUUAUUAGAUUCUUACUUUGCAAUGACGGAUCCUUUUGCAUUUCAUCCAUUUGUGUGUCUCUCCAUCUUGUUGUGUGUGAAGGAGGCGCUUGAGGAUUUAGAACAGUCAGAAAUUAGAACAAUGUUACUUCGAUUACCUCUUUUGAACAUGGAA